CCGAAGGCGGUGCGGCAGCGGAGGAGGAGGUUAAAAUAGAGGUGCUGCACCUCCCCGAGGCCUGCAGCCCGAAGAGCAAGAAGGGGGAUCUGCUGAACGCGCACUACGAUGGUUUCCUGGCCAGCGACGGAUCCAAGUUUUACUGCAGUCGGACGCAAAAUGAAGGUCAUCCAAAAUGGUUCGUUCUGGGUGUUGGACAAGUCAUAAAAGGGUUAGAUAUUGCUAUGAUGAAUAUGUGUCCUGGAGAAAAACGGAAAGUGAUCAUUCCUCCGUCAUUAGCAUAUGGACAGCAAGGAUACGCACAGGGCAAGAUUCCACCCAAUGCAACAUUGAUCUUUGAGAUUGAACUUUAUGCAGUAAAUAGGGGACCUCGCAGCGUUGAAGCAUUUAAUCAAAUAGACAAGGACAGUGACAAGAAACUCUCUGAACUUGAGAUAAGCCAGUAUUUGAAAGAAGAAUUUGCAAGAGAUGGCAAAAACCGUCAUCCCUCAGUCCAUGAUGAAAUCUUAGCUGAUAUAUUUAAGAAGAAUGACCACGAUGGAGAUGGUUUCAUAUCAGCAAAGGAGUACAACGUCUACCAGCACGAUGAACUCUAAGCACUUAAAAAAAUAUUUGGCUGAUUUCCGGGCACUGAAUUUUUAAUAAUAAUAUUUCAUCACAGAUUUUUUUUUUUUUUUUUUAUAGUGGCAUCUUUUUAUAUCUCUUAAGGUGACUGUAAAAAAAAAUCUUUUUUUUAACAUUCAACUAAUAAAAUGUGUUAGCUAUUUCAAAAGAAAGAAAUAAAAUUGGAAAACACC